ACUCUUCCUGUUGGAGUCCUGAUCGGAGGAGUGCGGGCCGGAGGGUGAUGGAACCAUCUAGCCCCUAACCAUGGGCCCAGAAGAGAAGACCAUCAUGACAGAAAGGUCUGCAGCUGUUUUCAUCCAGGCCUGGUGGCGGGGCAUGCUGGUGCGACGCACACUGCUGCGUGCAGCCCACAGCGCUUGGAUCAUUCAGUGCUGGUGGAGGCAGGUGCUGGAGAAGCUGCUGGCAAAGAGGCGGAGGAUGGUGUUGGAGUUCUAUGUGCAGCAGGAAUGGGCAGCAGUCAGGCUGCAGUCCUGGGUCCGCAUGUGGCGUGUCCGCCAGCGUUACUGUCGUUUGCUCAACGCUGUCCGCAUCAUCCAGGUCUAUUGGCGCUGGCACAGCUGCCAUUCCUGUGUCUUUAUUGAGGGUCACUACGAACUCAAAGAAAACCAACUUAAUAUUCAACUUGAAAUCUCUUUGGGCUCACAGGCUUGUACCUUACAACAAUGCAUACCCCUUCCAUUAAAAGAAUGACCAGGUCUGCU